AUGUUUAACUCGGUCAACCUGGGCAACUUCUGCUCGCCGUCGCGCAAGGAGAGGGGCGCUGAUUUCGGCGAGCGAGGGAGCUGCGCCUCCAACCUCUAUCUGCCCAGUUGCACUUACUACGUGCCCGAGUUCUCUACGGUCUCCUCCUUCCUGCCCCAGGCCCCCUCUCGUCAGAUCUCCUAUCCCUACUCAGCCCAAGUGCCCCCGGUCCGGGAGGUCUCCUACGGCCUGGAGCCAUCCGGGAAGUGGCACCACCGGAACAGCUACUCCUCCUGCUAUGCGGCGGCCGACGAGCUCAUGCACCGGGAGUGCCUGCCUCCUUCCACGGUCACCGAGAUCCUCAUGAAAAACGAAGGCUCCUACGGCGGCCACCACCACCCCAGCGCCCCGCACGCAGCCCCCGCCGGCUUCUACUCCUCAGUCAACAAGAACAGCGUCCUGCCUCAAGCCUUCGACCGUUUCUUCGACAACGCCUACUGCGGUGGCGGCGACGCGCCUGCCGAGCCCCCCUGCCCCGGCAAGGGCGAGGCCAAGGGGGAGCCUGAGGCGCCCCCGGCCUCGGGACUGGCGUCCCGGGCUGAGGCGGGGGCCGAGGCCGAGGCCGAGGAGGAAAACACGAAUCCCAGCUCGUCCGGUUCAGCCCACUCGGCGGCCAAGGAGCCGGCCAAGGGAGCCGCCCCCAACGCCCCCCGCACCCGCAAGAAGCGCUGCCCUUAUUCGAAAUUCCAGAUCCGGGAACUCGAGCGAGAGUUUUUCUUCAACGUGUAUAUCAACAAAGAGAAGCGGCUGCAGCUGUCCCGGAUGCUGAACCUGACGGACCGACAAGUGAAAAUUUGGUUUCAGAACAGAAGGAUGAAAGAAAAAAAACUAAGCAGAGACCGGCUGCAGUAUUUCUCGGGAAACCCUCUGCUGUAA